GCAGUUGAUUUAUAUGUUUAUGAAUAAAUAGAAUAGUUAUUAGUUUUAGUACAUUUUUUAAAUCCGGUACAUUUUGAAUCUAGUACUUUUUUUAAUUGGCAACACCGCUCUAUCAAAAUCGUCAAAAUAAAUCCAAUCCAAAUAUUUUACUGACGUCUUUCUUUUGGAUUGGCUGAUCCAGUUUUUUCAAUUAAUUUAAAAUUCUACCAAUAACAAUUUCCUAAUGUAUCAUGUUUGUUUAGUUUAUCAUUUCAUAUUCUCGGUAUUUAUACUGGUUGAUAACACGUGUCAACAUUAGUCACAUCAAUCACAGCCGAAUAUUUUAUUAUAAAUACAUUGUUUGAAACUGUUAAAAAUAUGUCUAAAAAGAAACUUCUUUGCCUUUUCGAUGUAGAUGGAACUCUAACAAAGCCAAGAAAUAAUAUAGACGAAGAGAUAUAUUCAUUUUUAAUAGACAAAGUAAAAUUAGAAUGUGCCAUAGGGUUGGUAGGUGGCUCUGACUUCAAAAAAAUUGCAGAACAGAUGAAGGGAGAUGAUGUAAUAAACAAAUUUGACUACGUAUUUCCAGAAAAUGGAUUAUUACAAUUCAAAAAUGGUAAAGAAGUUGGUAGGCAAAAUAUCCAGAGGCACAUGGGUGAAGACAACCUACAAAGUUUCAUUAAUUUCGUGUUAGCAUAUCUAUCUACUGUGAAAUUACCUGUAAAGAGGGGCACAUUUGUGGAGUUCAGAACAGGUAUGUUAAACAUAUCCCCAAUUGGAAGAUCUUGUUCACAGCAAGAAAGAGAUGAAUUCGAAAUAUAUGAUCAGAAACAUGAAGUAAGGAAAACUAUGAUCGAAAACCUCAGAAAGCAAUUUCCUGAUCUUGAUUUAACAUACAGCAUUGGUGGACAGAUCAGUUUUGAUGCUUUUCCAUAUGGUUGGGACAAAACUUACUGUUUGAAGCUUUUAGAAAGUGAAGGUUUCAAUGAAAUCCAUUUCUUUGGAGAUAAGACUGAUAAGGGUGGUAAUGAUUAUGAAAUUUUUAAUGAUAAAAGAGUUAUUGGACAUAAAGUCACUGGACCAUUAGAUACUAAAAAACAGUUGGAAGCUCUUCUUAAUUUGUAGUUUUUUUAAUAUCCUUUUCAACUAUUUGAUUUAUUUGUAAUCUGAAAAAUAUAUGUUAUUACUUUUUACUUAUUUUUAUAAAAAUUAAUGGUGUAUUGUUAAUGUAAAAAUGUCAUUU